AUGAAGUUCAUUGGGUUCCACUUAGAUAACUACGGGCCUAAUAUUUUCCUAAAUUCGCUACGGUUGUACGGAAUCGCCGUGUCCCUAAUUUCCACUGUUAUGAACGUAGUCGACGCUCAACACUUUAGUCGGUUCAAGGAAAAUACGAAGAGAAAAGAAAAAAGCAGAGAUUCCGGAGUUAAAAAAUCAGCUUUGAAUCAGGCCGUAUGGCUUGAGGAUAUCACCCAGAACGCCAAGACACGCAAUCUGGACCUGGGGUUGCCUGAAACUCUUCAGGUCAAGCUGAGGCGCACCGGGCAACAGGAUUUGAUCUUGAAACUCGUGGAAAACAAGCGACUGAACCAGAACGCUCCGACUGGUAGCUUGGAUUACAAUUACAAUUACGCCUUUGAAAUCAACCCGACGCGGGAAAUGUUUGUGUCAAGGUCACUGGCCGACAACAAGCUUAAUCCCCAUAUGCUUUCCAGGGUGGUAAAUCGCACAGGAAAGCGUAUUAUUAGCGAUAUUGCUAGACGGGAUCACAUUAGCGAAGACGCCCCACUACCGACGAGCGCCGCAGACGACGUGGACCUUUACCAUCCCAAGCCCGAACGUGGUCGUGAUGACUCUGGGGUCGUUAAUGACAUUGUUGGAAAAGAGCUUGCCAAAGAAUUACGACAACUCUUGAUGAAGAGCGAGUUAGAUGCCUUUUCAGAGAAACUUCAUCUUCGUCGUCAGGAGAGACAAUCAACCAAAACGUACGCCCUGGAAAUCCUUGUCGGAGCUGACCCUUCCGUCUGGAAAAAGUACUAUGCAAAAGCUGUUGGAACGGCCACUUUGACUAAGGAUCAGGCAACUGAGUUGUUCAUCCGGAAGCGUUUCUCUCACAUCAUUAACGGGGUAGGAUAUAUAGGGCGUUCGUGCGUGUUUGUGAAUGUGUGCACGUUUGUUUCGUAG